AUGUCUCCAUGGCAUUGUUCAUGCUUUGUAUUCUGCUCAUUUCCGCCUCCAUUGCACCAAUUGCACCUCCAGUCUGUGAUGCAAACGCAAGAGAAGAUUAAAGUGGACGAAGUCAAAUGUUUGCAUAUGGCCGAGCUAGCUCAAGCUGACCUUGCUCAGGCAAUGCCUGCUCUUGAGGCUGCAAUGCAAGCCCUUGAAGCCCUCAACAAGAAGGACAUCACUGAGAUAAAGUCUUAUGGUAAACCCCCUUAUCUCGUGCAAAAGGUAAGUCUUCAACUUCACCAUCAUUAA